AUGAUGCUUUUUGAGUCGCCAGGAUGUGGCAAAUCGCUGUGUCAACUGGAUAAUCGCCUUGUGUACCGUGGAAAAUCAGGGAAGCAAAGCGAUGCUCUUGAUCUGGUUGAAACCUGGCAGUACGGUGGACCAACCAAUGGCCCAGACCGAAAUGGACCGCUUACAUAUAUAAGCGUUCGCCGUUACCAUCAACAAGCUAGGCUUGCCUACGUUCUACGUGGUUGA